CUCCUCGGCGCGCGCUCCGCGGCCGGCUCCGCGCGCUCCAGCCCCGCGGGAGGCAGCGGCCCGGCGCAGCUCAGGGUCCGGGGCGCGCCGCGCGAUGCUGCCCAGCGCCGUGGCGGCCCACGCCGGCGCGUACUGGGACGUGGUGGCCUCCUCGGCGCUCCUCAGCCUCCCCGCGGCGCCGGGCUUCGGCCACCUGGGCAAGAGUUUCCUGAUCGAGAACUUGCUGCGCGUCGGCGGCGCCCCGGCGGCGCACGGGCCGCAGCCACCGCCGCCGCCGCCCCACGGCCCGGCCGCCGCGGGCGCUCCGAGGGCCCUGCCCGCCAGCCCAGUGCCGCUGAAGCUGUGCCCCGCCGGGGCGCCCUACGGCCCGCGCUGGGCCUUUCCGGGGCUCACCCCGUCCGCGGACGGCUCGAGGCUGCCGGGCCGGGCUCCGGGGGACCGAGACGGCGCCUUCCAGCCUUCAGCGCCAGCGCCCGCCAAGCCCCUGCUCCUGAGCGCCCCGGCCUUCUACUCGGCCUGCUGCGGUGGGUCCUGCCGGCGCCCCGCGCCCGCCGCCGCCUUUCCAAGAGAAGAGAACGUGCUGCCAGUCCUGACGCAGGACUCCAACUCCAAAGCCCGCAGGGGCAUUUUAAGAAGAGCUGUCUUUUCUGAGGACCAGAGGAAGGCCCUGGAGAAGAUGUUCCAGAAGCAGAAAUACAUCAGCAAAACUGACCGGAAAAAGCUGGCUGCCACCUUGGGGCUCAAGGAGUCUCAGGUGAAAAUUUGGUUUCAGAACAGAAGGAUGAAGUGGCGGAAUUCCAAAGAGAAGGAAGUGCUCUCCAACAGAGGCGUCCAGGAAGCGGGCCCGCAGGAGGACGCCCUCCCGCCGUCUGUCCUGGCUUUCCCUCCUCCAUGUGCCUCCCUGUGGGAUGUCUCCCAGCGGCACUGCCCUGCAGCGUGGAGGGGGGGCUCCCCAGAAUCUGCGGAGAGACUAAUCCAGGAGAACACCGGGGUGCCCACCCAGGAAGUGAGUUCCCUGCCAGACGCCUUGUGCUUGUGUCCCCAGGAAGAGACUGGACACAAGGGCGUGCUCGCCGGAGUCGUGUGAGCGGGACACUCACUAAUCACGUGUGGACCCUAACGCAGCUAGUAUGUCCUCACCAGUGCCUAAAACCUAACGCCUUUGGAGUGACGCGUGGUCUGACGCCUUAGGAACCCUGCCCCAGUGUUCCCUUGUUUGGCCCUAGACUCAGGCUUAAUUUGUAAGUGAAAUAGAAUCUCCCAGGAGGAAUGAAAGACUGAAAGAGGAAGAGCAGUGGCCAGCGGCAAGUCCCUGUGGGGCGCGUGUGUACAGAAGAGCGUGUGUCUCUGUGUGUAUAUAAGUAUUCAUUAAACAUACUUCGGUAGAACUAGUUCCUCUUUCAACAUUGCACUGAGCAAUUUUAUUUCUUUUUAUGUAAAGAAAACCAAGCUGUCAACAGAUAUUAUUAAUUUUUUCAAAAUACUGUACAGUGGGGACUUUAGUUCAUACUUUGAUACAAGAACAUGCGUAGACAUUCUCUGUCUUCUUAUGUCUCUGUAAGUGAAUGUUAGUAAGUCACUCAGCAGUCCUAAGAAAUGAGUGACCAUUAGACACAUCUACUGAGACUAGAUACUUGAAAUCAGCCCACCAAGCCAAUUAGAUGAAUUCCUGAAUGUGGCUGUCUUAGUGUUCCGACCUCCGGGUCUCUGCACUUCAUCAGUGAGGGAGGGAGGCAGCCGUUUACCUCAUUUGUCUUUUGUUGUCUUCUCUGUGGGGAUGCGCCUGGCCCAGGACUUAUAAAAAGCACUGCUAAGGGCCUAUCAUGUAAACAGGGACAGGGCCCACCCAUGGGAAUUGAAUUCAGUCCAGUUUGGAAUUACUGUGUGCAUCAGAACACCUGUGGCUUGGGACCUCUGAGCAAGACCAAAGACCGCUGUGGUGUCGCACUUCUAGAAGCAUUCCCAACCAGACAUAAAAAUCCAGCGUGCUGGGACCUACAGCGAGGCAGUGGUCUCUGUUUGCAGUUCCAGAUGCAGGCUCGAGUCCCCGCGUGGCUGGGCUGUAAGUAAGGUGACCUCUCUGUGCUAGCAAAUACCACCCAGAUGUUCUGUGUUUUCUGAUUACCCUGAAAUAGCAUUUGUGUAAGAUUGCAUUUCUGGUAACAAUUUGCUUAGUUCGUCCAGAAAUUUUUACUCUGGGUCUGAGGAAAAGUUACAUUCCACUUUGAAAGCCACGAAGCAGAAGUGAAGUGAGGUGGCUUUGAGUGAAGUUGCCACAAUCUGCAGACAAGAAGCAUGAGCCGUCGUUAGGUGGCGUUUUGUUAGCUGUGUAACGAGGGUGGCCUCUGCCUGCCUGCCUUUCUCCCCUGCAGUUUUUGCUUGUUCAGUUUGGAAAAGCUAAUUUUUGAGUCACAUUGUCAUCUUUUGAAUCACCUGUAGGAAAUUGUUUGCUAUGAGUGUGGAAUUUGAAUUGGCGUGUCUGUCUCUUGUGAUCUGUUGCUAGAAGUUGCCUCAGAAGCCUGUCUCAGGGCCUGUUUGUGGGUACUGGGGGCUGCAUCUGUCGGCAACAAUUUAAACCUUGAAGUCUAUCUUAGGAUGAUGUGUAAUACAGUCUCGUUCCGUUAUAGAAGCUGACCUCAUGCACGUGGAAGGAGGGCCUUCCCUGUGCCCAGGACUGCUGAGCACGGAGGGCGGAUGAGCUCAUUCACUCCUCGAGGCAAACCCCCUGUGAUGCGAGUGGUGCUGCUUGCUCUCCCUAGAUGGGGGCUGGGCAGAGUGCGGCAAGGG